AUGCCUCCUGCCCCGCGCUGCACGGGACAAAUUAUUUGCCAGAGUUGUCAAGUAACCCUCGCGUAUCCCAUCGGGGCCCCUUCCGUCCGCUGCCCGCUUUGUGCCUCCGUGACGCCCGUGAGGCAAUUCAGCGUUUCAUGUGUUCAAUGCCGCAGUGUACUCAUCUUACCACAAAACACCAGCCUUGCCAUGUGCCCUCGAUGCCGUGCAGUCAUGAGUAUUCCCGCAUGUAUACGCGACGGGCAGUCGAGUUUGUUUCCUCCGAAGGAAUGUGUUUAUAUUGAGCGACCAAUUAAAAGCGAGGCGUCACGGGCUCCGCCGCGUAUUGCCGUUGGAACGAAACUCGACGAUGAUGAUGAUCUGUAA